AUGGCAUCUCGCCAUCGAACAACUGCUGAUGUACUCCAUAAUUUGAGUGUGGAAAGUGAAUUAAAUGCGGGCAGAUAUCGAAGUGACUCUGUUCAAAGUACUACCUCAAGUAUAUGGGAUGAUAUGUCAACUGUCAAGAGUUUUGUUACUGAACGGGUAUUUUCCAGAAGAUUCUAUUGGUUCUGUGCCUUAGGGGUAAUGGCCAUCAUAACCUUACAUUUAACGUUCCUUCCUCGAUCAAGUUGGAGUAGAGAUUUUAGAAGAUGGCAUGGACUUCAUCUAACUCGCUCAGAUGUCAGAAGAAGCUAUUUGGUGGUAUCAGGAAUAGGAAAUAUGUACAAGAAUAAUUCCAAUGAAGAAUAUUUGGAUGCCUGGUUAAACAAUAUGACGUCUUUGAAUGGUAAACAUCCAACAAGCAUUAACAGUAAUGCUAAUCCAGAACUUAGUCAAUUUGUAUAUUCCCAGUUCAAAAAGUUUGGGUUUCAAACUGAGCAAUUUGAUUUUGAAAUGCCAAAUCCAAAAAUACCGACUUCUCUGUGGAUUGAAUUGAUAAAUUCACAGGAUGGGAAACUGGUUUAUAAGUCUCCUUUGUUAGAAAGAGAUUACAAAACACCAGCAUUCAAUUCAUUUAGUGGGAGUGGUAUUAUUAAUGCGCCUUAUGUUUAUGUACAUCAUGGCCAUAAUGAAGAUUAUGAUACCCUUAAAGAUGCUAAAAUAGAUGUUUCAGGGAAGAUUGUAAUUAUUAAAAGUUUGCUUUCUUCAAAUUAUACUCUAAGUGAAUUGGUAUUGAUAGCACAAUCAAGAGGUGCCAAAGGAGUUGUCAAUUUUUAUGAUUUCACUAGUGUCAAUAAUCCUUCUUCAGAAAGUUUACUUGGUGGUGCUAUUUCAAGAAACACUCUUUUAGAAGGAGAUAUUUGGAGUUCAACUCAGCCUUCAAUAAUUAGUCUUCCAGUAAGUUUAGAUGCCAUACAACCAAUUUUAGAGACUUUGGUUAAUUAUGGUGGGAAGAAUUCUAAAUUUCAAGAUUGGGAUUAUUCACCUUUACAAUUGAAAGCAAGCUUUAAUUUAACUCUAGCCAAUAGUGUUACUUUUGAGUCUUCAGAUUCAAAGGUUGGGAAGGGUACAAAUAUUGUAGCUACCAUGAAAGGAAUAUUAAAUGAUGGUCAAGUUGUAAUUGGAUCCAGAAGAGAUUCAUUUGCUUCUUCUAAUCCUUUAAGUGGGCAAGUGAUUCUUUUCGAAAUUCUUAGGAACUUUAAAAGAUUACAACAAAUGGGUUGGAAACCCUUAAGAACCAUUAAAUUUGUUUCAUGGGAUGCUUCAUGUAAUAACGUUUUAGGUUCACAAAUUUUAAGCAAUGGAACAGCAAAAGGAAAGUCUCCCUCGAUGUUUAACACCCCGACUAUUGGCUAUGUUGAUAUUGAUGGUGACGCGGUAACUGGAAGUCAUUUCAAGGUUGAUAGCAAUCCUAUUUUCAAUCAUAUUUUGAAGUCUGAUUCAUUGUAUGUUCCAAUUCCUCGAAAUUCACUCCAAUUUAAAUCUUUACUUGAAUUGAAAACUGAACUGGAUUCAGAAAAUGAUGAUGAUGAUGGUGGAGAAAGUUUCACUACAUUAUAUCAUUAUUGGAAACUUCAAGAUAAUCAUACCAUCAAUAACUUUUUAGGACAAGGUAUUUCUAAAUCAGAUGCAUUUGUCAUUCAAAACCAUGUUAAUGUUCCAGUGAUUAAGGUUGGCUUUUCCAAUGAUCCAAAGAGAGAUCUGUCAACGUAUAUUCCUAAUUCCAAUUAUUUUUCAUAUUCAUGGAUUGUUCAAAGGCAAAUGGAUGAUAAUUUACUUUUGCAUGGAUCAUUGGUUAGAUACAUUGGAUUAGUGAUGCUUUCCUUAACUGAGCAUUACGUUGUUGAUUAUAAGACUUCCAGCUAUUUGAAUCAUGCAAUGGAUUUGUAUGAUAUAGUGGUUAAUCAUACCUCAAAGACAUUACAAUCAUGGGGAGAUCAGGAGGUAAAAUCUUAUUUAAUCUCUGGAAGUGAUAUUUAUUCUGAUUUAAAGAGUGGCACAUCACCAGACACUGAACUCAAGGUAGUUACCUUUUCUCAAUUGGUUGAACAAUUUGAAGUAUUAGCCAAUCACUUGAAAAAUCAACUGGUAAUAUUUGAUGAUUAUAACAAAGGUGUUGAAGACGGGUUAAUGUUUGACUAUCCAUGGUAUAAGUAUUUCAAGAAGCUUCAACAUUUUGCUCAACUCAAAGUUACAAAUACCAAACUAUUACAUUUGGAGAAUUCUAUGAAAUUAACUGAUUUAGAAUGGCAAUAUAUUGGUAUAAAGAAGCCAUUUUACUAUCAUCUUUUAUAUGGGAUUCCUAAGUUUGAUAUACUGAAACCACAACUGUAUUUUGAUACUAGAAAUGAAAUGUGUGGCUUCCCAUAUAUUGUUGAUUCUAUUGAAGAAGGAGAUUUUGAAUUAACAGUUAAAUGGUUGGUCAUAGUGUAUAAGAAGUUACACUAUUUGGAUAAAAAAUUAGCCUAG